AUGGUCGGCGUCGUCGCCUACCCUAAGUCCAACCGGAAGGCCUGCAAGAGCUUUGACGACUUCGACAUCUCCUACAAGGCCAAGCCCGGGUCCUUGCCCACCUUCUUGCUAGUCGACCGGGGAGAUUGCUUCUUCACAAAGAAGGCAUGGAAUGCUCAGAACGCAGGAGUGGCGGCUAUUCUUGUUGCUGAUGACAAGGAUGAGCCUCUAAUUACAAUGGAUACACCUGAAGAGAGUGGAAGGGCUGAUUAUUUAGAGAACAUCACCAUACCAUCAGCGCUGAUAACAAAAAGCUUCGGGGACAGACUCAGGAAAGCAGUCGAUGGCGGUCACAUGGUUAAUGUGAAUUUAGAUUGGAGGGAGUCCCUGCCUCACCCUGAUGAGCGUGUUGAAUACGAGUUCUGGACCAACAGUAACGAUGAAUGUGGUCCCAAAUGUGACAGCCAGAUUGAUUUCGUUAAGAGCUUUAAAGGACCAGCACAGAUACUUGAGAAAAAGGGAUACACACAGUUCACUCCUCAUUACAUUACCUGGUAUUGCCCGGAGGCCUUCACACUAAGCAAGCAGUGCAAGUCCCAGUGUAUCAACCAUGGAAGGUACUGUGCACCUGACCCGGAACAGGAUUUCAGCAAAGGGUAUGAUGGGAAAGACGUGGUGGUUCAAAAUUUGCGGCAAGUCUGUGUUUAUAAAGUUGCGAAGGAGAAUAAGAAGCCUUGGUUAUGGUGGGACUAUGUGACCGAUUUUGCAAUCCGCUGCCCAAUGAAGGAAAAGAAGUAUACCAAGGAAUGUGCUGAUGGAGUUAUCAAGUCACUUGGACUUGAUCACAAAGCAAUAGAUAAGUGUAUUGGUGAUCCAAAUGCUGAUGAAGAAAAUCCUGUGCUGAAAGCUGAACAGGAUGCUCAGAUUGGCAAAGGCGCUCGUGGCGAUGUCACUAUAUUACCAACACUGGUCAUCAAUAAUAGACAAUACAGAGGGAAACUUGACAAAGGGGCAGUUCUUAAAGCACUUUGUGCAGGUUUCCAAGAAACUACUGAGCCUGCCGUUUGCUUGAGUGAAGAUAUACAAACCAACGAGUGCUUGGAGAACAAUGGUGGCUGUUGGCACGAUAAGGCUGCUAACAUAUCUGCAUGCAAGGAUACUUUCCGUGGUAGAGUUUGCGAAUGCCCGGUUGUGAAAGGGGUAAAAUUUGUUGGUGAUGGCUACACUCACUGUGAAGGUACCUAUACCAGGAAAUUGGGAUAA